AUGGAGAAGACGACGACGACGCCGCAGCCGGUCUGCGCGCAGGAGUCGCUGGCGCUGCUCAACUGCGUCGCCUCGGUCCCCUACGACCGGGAUAGGUGCCUCGCCCUCGUCGACGCCCUCCGUGAAUGCAUCGUGCACAAGAGGGUGAAGAAGUUUUCGCUGGCGGAACCAAGCUCCACCACAUCCACUGAAGCUCCAAAGAGCGACCCGAAGCCCUGA